AUGGCUACCGUAGCCACUGCCGCUCCAACUGAACGUCGUCAAGCCAAUCCGGUUAUGGGUCGGGUCACUGAGUUCAAGAACUACCAAUGUGCCAUUGCUAGCAUCAACACCCAUGCAGUCAACCAGUCGCUGACUGGCAAAUGCAUCAAGUUCACCAUCGCUGCCCAGAGCGUGGACUACUAUAGGGAUGUGGACACUUGCACCCUCGACCUGUUCAGCGACGACAACUGCGAGAAGAAGUUCAUCACUCUCGAGGACUCUACUUGCUUCAACAAUGGUGGCUUCGACACCUUUUCCUCUGCCAUCAUGCGCUGCUAGUGGUGGAAACAGCGGAUGUAGUGGGCAUGUUUUUACAAUCUCUUUAUUCUCCAGGCUGAGAAGAGCGUUCAGCGCUUCAAUUGGAUAAGUUUUAUAGAAGCAAAGAGACUUUUUCAUGCCGACCAUCUGGCCCUAUAUUCCCUUGCGAAUCGUAGUGAAUUUUGUUGAACGUGAAGCCUCAGGCCAAAAGAAA